AUGGCAUUUGCACCCGUUGAUGUUCUCCCGCACAAGCGUGAGGACAAGAAAAGAGUCGCAUACUUUUACGACUCCGACGUGGGCAACUAUGCCUACGUAUCAGGCCAUCCCAUGAAGCCUCACAGGAUACGGCUAGCCCAUUCACUGGUGAUGAAUUAUGGCUUGUACAAGAAGAUGGAAAUUUACCGCGCAAAGCCUGCGUCCAAGUAUGAGAUGACCCAGUUUCACACUGACGAGUACAUCGACUUCCUCGCAAAAGUCACACCCGACAACAUGGACUCAUAUCAGAAAGAGCAGCAAAAAUACAAUGUCGGCGAUGAUUGUCCUGUCUUUGACGGCCUCUUCGAGUUCUGCGGAAUCAGUGCAGGUGGUUCCAUGGAAGGCGCUGCUCGAUUAAACCGCCAAAAGGCAGACAUUGCCAUCAACUGGGCUGGCGGGUUGCAUCACGCGAAGAAGUCAGAAGCUAGCGGGUUUUGUUACGUGAACGACAUUGUUCUCGGCAUCAUCGAGCUUUUGAGAUUUCACAAAAGAGUCCUCUACAUCGACACCGACGUGCACCACGGCGACGGCGUCGAAGAAGCGUUCUAUACCACCGACAGGGUCAUGACUGUGUCUUUCCACAAGUACGGCGAAUAUUUCCCUGGCACCGGCGAGCUUAGGGAUAUCGGUGUGGGCUCGGGCAAAUACUACGCAGUCAAUUUCCCCCUUCGCGAUGGCAUCGAUGAUUCAUCCUACAAAGGCAUUUUUGAGCCGGUCAUUCGAGCUACUAUGGAGUACUAUCAACCCUCGGCGGUGGUGUUGCAGUGUGGAGGCGACUCGCUCUCCGGAGAUCGACUGGGCUGUUUCAACCUCAGCAUGAGGGGUCACGCAAACUGUGUUAGAUUUGUCAAAUCCUUCAAUCUUCCUACCCUCAUACUUGGUGGCGGCGGUUACACCAUGCGCAAUGUCGCAAGAACGUGGGCGUACGAAACUGGGUGCCUGGUGGGCGAGUACAUGCCGCCGAAUCUUCCAUACAACGACUACUAUGAGUACUACGCCCCUGACUAUGAAUUGGACGUCCGUCCCUCGAACAUGGAAAAUGCAAACUCGAGAGAAUACCUCGAAAAAAUCCUCGGCCAAGUGUUAGAAAAUAUGAAGAGGACCGCGCACGCGCCGUCAGUCCAAAUGACGGACGUUCCUAGAGAUUCUCUAGGCAUGAAUGACGAAGACGAAGCCGCACUUGACGAUCUUGACGAAGACCAGAACCCUGACACACGCAUCACUCAACGCAAGACAGACAAGUACGUCCAAAAGAACGGCGAACUUUCUGACAGCGAGGACGAGGAUAUGGAGGAAGUAAAUGGUCGCCCAUCAGCGAGUCGAAAACGGCGGAUCAUCCAGAAUUACCGACACAUCAUGGAUGUGGGCGGCAACGAUUCCGGGAUGGAAACGCGAAGUGGGACAGGCACGCCGCAACAGGCGUCGAGUCUGCCUGACGAAGCAGCUGAUGAGAUGAAUGUGGACGAGGAUCUGGACGAUAAGGUCGACCAGCAGACACCGACUCCCCCAAAUGGUGAACAGCGCCUGAAUGGCUCCACUGCCGCUUCUGGUCUGCACUCGCCCGAUCAUCAUGAAUCUGCUGAGGCCGCUGAUGGCGACAUUGAAAUGGGAGACGCAGAUAUGCCCGAUGCGGAUGCCGCCCCUGCAGACGAGCCUGAAGCCGCCCGAAUCACCGAAGCAGACUCAACAAUAAAUGUCCAACAGCAACAAACUCCCCCGGAUUCGCCACCCACACCGGCCGCCGAAGAGCCUUCGCCCAGUCCUGCUAACGCCGUGGUUCCAGAAACGGCGAUGCCAGACGCCGAGGAGUCAAAACCACCAGCAUCUUCGACCCCCCUCGCGGUUUCCGAGAAACCCGAUGCUGGUGACACUGCUGAAUCGGAAACAGCCAUCAAACAGGAAGUCAUCGGUGAUGAUGAAGCUGCAAAGGCGCAGGAAGAAGGGCGCAUGGAAAGGGAGUUGGCGAAUGUGGAAGGGGAAGCCCGGACAGAAGCGGUGGCAAAGGUAGAAGCACCCGAGGCCCCCACAGAACAGGCUCAACAAGAAGACGCACAGUCGCAUACCAGUGCCCACGAGGCCGCCACAGAGACGGGAGUCGAUUCUGUACAAGGGUCUUAG